CCCAAGUAAUGUCAAAAGAAAAAAAAAAUGGUCGAAUUUUUAAGUUCUCCACGUAGCUUCUAAAAUUGCAGACUUGUCCCUGAUUAGUAUAGCCUAGCACUGCCAGCAUCGAACAUGGUUAUGAUAUUAUGUACACUACAUGUUCGAUGAAUGGUCCAAACGAAAUUUUACAGCUAAUGUGUUAAGGUGGGAUUUGGGUUUUGAUCCAAAAGGUUUUUUUAUUAUAUAUUUAAAGGAGUCUGGGCUGGCUUAUGAUGGUGCACACAUAUAUACAGAAGCUUGUCCAUGGUGCAAAGUGUUUAAAAACUAAGCAAAAUGGAGCUGCUUAUAUGAAUGUUAUGCUAUAUCACUGUUCAGAAGUAUCCCAUCAAGAGCCUUUACAUUGUGAAUGGUAUGAGAAGGAGUUUCCAAAGUUAACAGAAUUGAGCCACUUGUUGAGAAAUGUGGAUUGGCUUGAUGGGAGGGUAGUUCAUGUCAGGGACAAUUCAUUUGUCUUUGAUGGUGAAAUUGAGCACAAAAUGCAAACUUUCAAGUCCCUGGCCAGGGUCUUUAUUGGGUCUCCAUCAAUUCAGCAAAAGAUUCAGAAAAAUGUGAUGGCCUUAUCAUUGGCGGCAAGUAACAACUGCACCCCAUUUGUUUGUUUCAGUGAACCUAGUGAAAGAGAGCCUAUGAUUGUGAAUUCACUCACUAAAGUGUGCAACUUCCUGAACAUUUCUGCCCAACAAAGGAAGGUGGUUCGGCACACAAUAUGCCCACAGGUCACGCAAAUGCGGAUAUGGACAGGUACACUUGAGGAGAUACUAAAUGGUUUGAAAUCUGAGUUGGAUUUGUUAAGUUGUCAAUGCUCUAGCAAAGGGACCAAGAUGGGUCAGCAGAUUGUUUCUAGCUGUCUAAAGUUCCUGGCUGACACAGCUAUUUCCUUUGACCAUGAUUCUGCUUCGUGGAUGCGGCUUGCGCCUGCAAAAGUUGUUGGCUCCUCUGCUUCACAUAAAUGGGAAGAUGUUCUUGAGAUGUUCAAUGAUCUCAUUGAGUGUUUGAAAAGUGAAAAGGAAUUAUGUCUUCUUGUGGGGAAGGUUGAGGUCAUGAAAGAAGGACUGUCUCAAAUCAAGGACAUAUUGAUUGAUAAAAGUAUUGGAUACAAAGAAGCUCGGCAUCAAGAAAGCCUAGUGCAGAAGAAGCUCUCCAAGACAUUGGGCCACUCGUCCAAGUGCUUGUUUACUCUUUUAUUAUAUUACCUCCAUGGACAUGCUAGAGAUAUUGAAGUGGAUUUAUGCGGUCGAAUUUAUAGCGUUGGUGGUGAGGAUAGGUUUUGCUUGUACAUGGGAAAGAUUUUGACUACAGAAGAGGAUAAGAUGGUCUGGAGUGGGGUGAGGCAAUUGGACAGGGCUCUUCGGCUUUUCAAGUUUGUGUGGGAAACUGCGGGAAUGAGAGGAGUUUUGCAGCUGCAAGGCCAUUUGUGGUGUGUUGGUGCUGAGGGCAGGAUGCUUACCUAUAGAGGAAAUACAUUCUUUGUACAUGGGAUCAGUGUUUGACAAAAAAUUCCCUAUACAUAUUAGUUCAGAUGGUGAAAAGAUAUUUCAUGGUGAUUCAUGGAUCAGCGCACACUCUAUGCAAGUCAUUUCCAGAUACUUAUACACAAACUAUUAUUCAUAUGUGAAAUAAAUUGAUAUGGAGCCAUUCGUGUACUGUUUAACUAAGGAAGAAUUUCGCAAUACACCCUACCUUCUUUUUCCU